AUGGCCGAAGCCACGACUGAGCUCAACGUCUUCACAGCCGCGAGCCUAUGCUCUCAAGCUUUCCUUGACUACUCGAAUGCUUCAGGUUCGACCAAAAAAGAUGAGGUCGACAUUCUGCGGAGUCGGUUUAACUUGUGGGCCGCUUAUACUGGAGUUUUCGCCUCUGUCGGAGCAUCUUUAGACGACCGAUUGGAAUUUCAGGACGACGUAAAGCAGAUGGUGACUAAGCUACUAUCCAUGGUCCACAGAAACAUCCAACGUGAAGUUCUAAAUCACAAGGAUUGUGACGAACUAACAACGAACGGAGCCACUGCCGCCAGUCAACCGGAGAUGAUUCCAGCAGCGGGGUUGUUCUGUGGUCUUGAUGCUGUCUCAGCUGCUCUUGAUCGUCUACAUAGACUUGCAACUGCUAUCCGACGCUCAUCACUGGAAAGCCAGAAGGACAAACUUCAUAACAAUACUCAGGCGUCUGAAAUUGAUGCUCAGCUUCAAGUAAGCCUUUUUCGCCUGGCUCGAGACCGUUUUCCUGCUGCACGAACCAGCCUGUUGAAGCAGGUGGCAACCGUCUUGUGCUUCUACCGAAAACGCCUGAUUUAUCUUCCCCGACACAACAAAAAGUUAGCUGACAGGCAGCGACUCAUAAGACGACCACUGGCUUACCAGGGUGAACCACUCUCACGUCUGGUUCAUCGCGCGUAUUCACCAAAAAUUCAGCCGUCCCCCACUAUAGCUACAGAACUCGCUGUUACUGCCACAUUAUCCCGGACUGAUGCCUCGAUUCCCAACUCUCAACAGCUACGCCGUAGACUCGUUAAAGCUACAAAGACAGUGACUUCUACACCAAGCGUUUGGUCAGUCAGUCUUGGUGAAACAGUCUACCAUCCAGAUCUGCCAUUGUUUCCCAAAAAUGCAAAAUUUCACCCAUGCCCAUAUUGCGCGGAGCCUUUGCCGACGUUGAAGCUGGGCUCUGGAGGAGGGCUGGGCCGCAGGUUCUGGAGAGAACAUAUCAACCGGGAUCUUGAACCAUAUUUCUGUAUCUCAGAAGACUGCAGAGAGCUACCGAGAUUGUUCAGCCGUGUUGAGGAGUGGCUGGAGCAUAUGAACACUUCUCAUACCCCCGAAUGGAGUCAACAUAUCCACACGACCAUGUGGGUCUGCCAAAUGUGUCGUGAGAAGCGAGAACCUAUAGAAGAGAAAGGAGACUUUGAGCUGCACAUUCGAGACUGCCAUGGAAAUCUAACGAACACGCAGACAAUUGCACGAACGAAGCGGAGCAAAACUAGGGUUAUUCGAGAUCAAUUUGUCUGUCCCCUCUGCGAGACAGUCCCCGCGCAGCUGUCCUCCAUCGACACCCAUCAGAAUAAUGGACAGUCCCGUGCAAUACUUGCAAAGCAUAUCGCUUCUCACAUCAAAGCAUUGUCCCACACGUGUUUCCGACUCCUGCCCUCUGAGAACGAAAGUAGUGACAACCCUGAAAAUCCGUCAGACUGUGGCAACGGCGACUCAACGAACACAGAGACACGACGGCCCCUGACAGCAAAAGAUGGGACGAUCUUGAGUGAAGUCAGGGAGUCGGCUGGAUCUCCAGGUACUAUGUCUGGACUGGUAGAUGAAGUUAUGGUAUCAAGUCAAGAGAUACACGAGAUGUCUGAGGGGGAAUCCUGGGAUUUUAUACCCGGGUUUCAACAUCUGCUCGGUAGAGCUACUGGGAAUUUCCCUAAGGAUCAAUCGCCCGCGCUUAGUGAGAUAGCGAUGGCAGCUGACCGGAGUAGUGAAGGUGGGAACUCAGCUGUACCGAGUGUCUAUAAUACAGACAUAUCGAAAGAACUCCGUCAAAGUGGUGGUGCUUCAUUGACGGCAACACUCACCGCCGAUGUGCCAAUGGUCGAGGAUGAAUUUAUGAAGGAUUUCUCAUGCUGUGGAACCACGUUACCUACUCUUCAUGACUUGAUGAUGCACUACGAGGAAGUGCACUUUCAACCAUCAGGCGCCGAGAAGAUAAUGCAACAGAGUUCCGAACUUCUCAGGCAGAAAUCAGUGGCCGCCGAAGUCCACACACUACAUCAAGAUCAUCUUCGUCCUGAUGCUUCAACUUCUGACCCUCGCGAGAAAUCUCCAUUUAGGCAAAAUUCACCAUUUAUUCUGUCGCCUCGAGAGCGUCGACCACCUCCCAGGUUCACCCGGUCCAUUUCUCCCAGUGAGCUGAUGCUCGACGGGCAUGACAAUUCUGAAGUAAAGGCUCUACCCUUCCUUGCUCCAUCUCAUUUUGAUUACACGCUCGCCCCUCCCCGCCCUUCAUCAAACCUGUCAACACACAAGACGAUGAACCAAUCGACACAAGUACCUCAGCAGUAUCCUUUUGUGAGUGACAUCUCAAUGCGCAUGCCUUUGAGUUCUACAGCUGCUCCGAUACAGGAACAUGCCGAAUGGAAGCCACAAGGUCGGACCCCCUUGUUGUUUGGCAGUGAUGCGCAUUUCCAGCCUUCUGGUUACAAGGAUAACUUCAAACCUCACAAGUCCACUGAGACGUCACUCCAGUGGUUAGAGAGUUCCGAAGAGAGUGAGUGA